AUGAAUUUUCCACAACCCAAGGUUGCUUCAUUGCCCCCGAAUCUCGACCUCCAUGGAAAGACAGCUGUGAUCACUGGGGCUACUGCUGGUAUUGGAUUAGAGACAGCACGACAACUGCUCAAGCUCCAUGUCUCCCACCUCAUUAUUGCUGUGAGGAGUGUAUCGAAAGGUGAAGCUUGCAAACGUGAGCUUCAGCGACUCAACCCUCACGCAAAGAUUACCGUUCUGGAACUUGAUAUGGACAACUAUCAGAGUGUGCAACGUUUCGCUAAAGCCUUGAAACUCAAAGUUCCUUCGGUUAAUAUCCUCCUCCUCAACGCGGGUAUUGGGCUUCUAAAGCUCGAACGCAGCCCAAGCGGGCACGACCGAGUCACUCAAGUGAAUUACGUCUCGAAUGCUCUCUUGAUCGCCGAGCUGCUGCCCUACCUCAAGGCGAGUGCGGAGCAAAUCGGUCAAUCUACUCGUAUUACGUGGGUGGGUAGUCGGAUGUACUUCACCACGUCUUUUGAGAAAAAAGCGCCUAUGAAAAUAGGUGAGCAUAUGGACUCUAAACAAUUCUUCUUUCCAAAUGAGAGAUACAACGACAGCAAGCUCCUGUGUGCCAUGUUCAUGUACAGCCUUGCUGCACGACUCGACAAAUCCAAAGUUAUUUUGAACAUGGUCUGUCCAGGUUUGAUCAAUACGAAUAUGACAGAUGUCCUACCGUUUCAUAUGCGGAUGGUCAUGGGCGUCGUGAAGGCCCUUCUAGCACGGCCUGUUGAGAUUGGCGGGAGGCUCUUUGUCAACGCCAGUGUGGCUGCAGGGCCAGAAUCACAUGGAGGAUUCCUUGGGGACAUGGAAAUCAUCGAGCCAUCUCCAUAUCUUCUGUCCCCGGCAGGCAAGGCCGUACAGAGGAAACUGUGGGCGGAGACCAUCGAAGAAUUGGGAAGCCUGAGUUAG